AGACGCUUUUACCUCAGCGACGGGCCGGGCGGGGCCCUGCGCCGGAAUCGGGCUUUUGUGGGCCGUUCGUUUCGCCCGCCUCAGUGCCUGUCUGCACAGCUCCCGACCUCUGCUGCGGCCGUGGCCAGGCACGGAGCGUUAUCACCCCCUGGGUGCUCCCAAGGGCACGGGGAAAUCAGUGCGCUUUCCUCACGAGGAGCUUCCCCUUGCUGAAAAUUGGGUGUCAGAGGACAGCCUGCCAGCCAUGACCUCUAAGGAUGUUUCAGGCAAAGCUAAUAGUAACUGGAGAUGACUUUGGCUACUGCCCUCAGAGAAACCGAGGCAUUGUGGAGUGUUUCCUAGCUGGAGCUGUAUCUAACGUGUCCCUUCUGGUCAAUGGAAGUGCUGCAGCAGAUGCAGCCAAACUGGCAACGAGAUACAACAUCCCCAUAGGACUGCACGCCAACCUCUCUGAGGGCUCUCCUGUAUGUGAGGCGCUCAAGACAAACUCUUCUCUGCUCAGUGAAGCUGGAUUUUUUCAUGGGAAAAUGGGAUUCAGAACAGCUCUAUCAAAAGGCCUCCUAAAUAUGUCAGAGGUGAAGCAGGAGCUAAAGGCCCAGGUGGAUCUGUUCCAUGAGCUAACAGGCCACCUACCUCCUCACAUGGAUGGACACCAGCACAUUCACGUUCUCCCAAAGGUCAGGCACGUGUUUGCAGAAGUGUUAGAGGAAUAUGGGAUUGAAUACACUCGUGUCCCAAUAGAGCCAGGCCUUCAUAACUGUGACUGGAUUGAGCCAUCCCUGAUGGACUUCUAUGUGGGAGUAGAAGAAGAUUCUCUGAAGACAGUGGAUGUGUUUACAAAGCAUGGAAUAAGGUGGCCAGACAUUUACAUAGGUUUGAGUACCAUGGGCAAGAACAUGUCUGUGAGUGCCAUCCAGAAUGCCAUAGACACCGCCAUUGUGGAGUUCACAUCCAAGAUGCCUGCACACCCAGUGCCACAGCACAGGACGGUGACGAUUGAACUGAUGGUGCACCCAGGGUACCCAAGCAUCCCUCCCAUCGGUGGCUGUGGGGAAGGACCGGAUGAUUUCUCACAGUCCUGGGAGCGCCUGCAUGAACUCCAGACAUUAAUCAGGCCGGAGCUGCAGAGCCAUUACAAAACAAGGAACAUUCAGCUUUGUUCAUUCAAGGAUCUGUAAAUAUACAUAUUUGCAUACCUACGUUUGUACUUCAAGGGUACACAGUUGCUAAUGUCCCCAUAAGCUGGACCACGUUCCCAGCCUUUGUAACACCUCCCAGCACAGCUGACAGGAGCUGUCAAUGGCCUGGAAGUUGCAUGAAGCCUUUUGUGAAAGUUGAAGCAGUUUGUGAGCAGUGACAGUCAGUCAUAUUCCAUGUGAACCUUCAGCCUGAAAGUCCUUGUCCUGUUUGUUCAUUUUAAUUCCAAUCAUGAAAGCAUCUGAGCUGCAAUGAGCCCCGUACAUAUUGCUGUGUUUAACUGCAUUUUAAGAUGUAGAUCUUACUGACUUUCUGUGUGGCACUUUCUUCUUUCAGACUGUUGAUGCUCAUUUCCUGUGCAAAAGCGAUCUACCAAACAUCAUUUUAAAGUGUUUUUUAAAUACUAAAAAAAAUUAAUAUUGCCAUCUUUUCUAAGCAAAAAAAUAGUCAGGUCUUUUUCUGUUGUAAUGCAGUGUGAGCAGAAAGCACUCAGGUAUCUGCUCCAGGCGCAAGGCCCUGCAGAGCUGGGAGGGCAUCUUUGUGUCACUUUGGUCACUGGAGCUGUGUGAACCACCACUCCUGUGCACCUGAGGCAGUGUUUGCUCUGUACAAACACAAAAAAUCAUCGAGGACACUUGGUAAAAUAUUUUCUCAGGCUCUUUCCUAAUUAUCGUAACGGAGCUGAUUUGACACGGGACAGUUUUUUUUAUCUUGCCACACUGUGCCCGUGCUGUGCAGAACAGCGGAGUCCUCCCAGGAGCAGUGUGAGCAGCGCCUUCGGUGCUGCAGUUCGCCUCACCGCCAUCUGAGGGCGCAGUUUACGCGGUGUGGAAACAAAACGCGGAAGACCGCAUCUUCAGAGCUGCGGAAGGUAACUGAGGUGCCAGAGCGCGGCUGGACGCGGGAGUGCCAUCUGCAUCCCUGCCGCGUGCUGCAAAGACGGUGCGCCAAUGCUGCAGCUCCUUCUCCGCACUGUGACCGUGGUAUGGAUAAUUUAAACCUUAAUCUAAACUUUUGAACUGCGCAACAAUUGGUGACUUUGCUCUGUUCACAACCGUUGGGAUGUAACUUAGCUCAGCUUGUAUGAUUUUCUUCUAGCUGAACGUGGAAAUGAACACAACAGUCUUACCUGAGCAGACGUUGUUAAGAAAGGCAUUUUAUAAAUACCUCAUUGUCAGAUAAGCAGAACUGAACCAGUUUUUUAAAUUGAAAUGAGUUCUAAAUGUGGAAAUGAAUACAGAGCUUCUGAAAGACUGGUGAGUAAGGAACCUUUCCCUUGCACGGAAUGCACAGAGGAGGUUUCUCAGGGGCUCUUCACAUUCACCACGGAGUUGAGACUGGAAGCACACACAGGCUGCUGUGAUACACAACACUGUACACAGAUAGCCGAGGUACAAACAUGAAAUCUCUUUGAAAAUAAAACCAUGCCACAAUGCCUUUGAGAGCAAUUUUUAUUAGGGUAGCAGAAUGGAAUUGCAGAAAGCCUAUACCAGUGUUCAUGGGUGUAGUUGUUUUAUUUUGGAUUUUCAACUGCAUGUUUAGAAUUCAGCAUGGCUUAGGGAACCAGAGAGCACAAGAGCUUGAUUUCCUGAGUUAACAAAGGGUUUGAUUUCUUUUUCACCUCAGACUUCAACCACACAGUACAGUAUUUGAUCUUUAUCUUCCUUUUAGAGGGCCACCUGCAAACAAAAGCCAUCACUUAUGUUACACACUUCAUGAUUAAAAACUGAGCUCUGAAACACACACAAAGAAAACUGAUGGUAAUGCUCAUCUUCUGUGUGAUCUUUACAAAUGAAAUGAGAACAGCUAGCAUACAGCACUGCUAUAGAUCUCUACAAAUCAGCGGAAGCUCCUUCAGUUACACAGCUCUUCCAGUUUCCUUACAAUGGCAUCCAAGCCACACUGAAAUAAAUGCAGUCUUUAACCUGAGAGGCUUACAACCAGAAAGUAUACUGUUUAGUAGUAACGAUGGCAGCAAACUAGUGCUACAGUCGUUUUAAAUAAUAAAAAUAAUGCAAAUUUAAAGAAUGUUUCAAUUGUGAACAGACAUGAUCAAAAAGUACAGUGACUCAGCUGAUGCGAAGUUACACACUUCAGUUCAACAGAUAAUUUGGCAUUAUUUUAUUACGAAUCUGAGUGAGCGUGAAGGAAACAAAAUCAGUACCAACUUUCUGCAACCAAAGACACAAAGAUGUGAAAAAUUUGGUAAUAGUGCUCUCACAAGCCAGGAAACACUUAGGGAAGGUAAGUUUCCGUAAAUAAGGUGAAUGUGGUUUAACUUCAUUUACCUGCCAAAGAAUCCAUCUAAGAACACUUAACAUGAAAUUUCUUAGCUCCCUAACUAAUAAAAAAAAAUUACUUUCAGCAGAGGUGAGGUACUGGGCUGUCAUUGUUCACUAAAUCCAAAAUAAAAGCCAGAUGAGAAGGGCAAAUGAAGGAAUAGCAAAUAUACAUUAAAAACCAAUAGACCUACAGCUUGAUGCACUACUUCUGCAAGGUUGCAAAGGUAGAGGCUGUAUUAAACGUGACUCUAGGAGUAUAGACAACCAUCCAGAUGUGAGGGAUUUUCUAAUUCAAGUUCUUGCAAAUCGAAGUGAUAUGUACUCCCAGCUACCUAUGCAUUUCUGGAAAUCUGUUUACUCAGUAACAUACUCAGGUUCUACAGGUGGAGAAGGCAGUUUGAUUGUAUGGCAGUUUGAUUGGAGCUACAAUCACACUUCAGACUUAGGACACGCAGGCAGAAGAAAAGCAAUAGAGACACAGUAAAGGUGCCCAACUCUGAACAGAAAGGGCAACCUUCAGCAUGCGUGGGUGUGCCUGGAGCAAAGGGAAAACAGCUCUGCCCAAGUCAGAAUGAUAACUUGAAGUAGUCAUUAGAUAACCUAACGUGUACUUUUAAAACGUAGGAACAGUAGCAGUGAAGUGUAUUCAGUUUAUUGCUUAAUCCUACUCUCGUACUAUUUUCAGUAAUAACUGUACAGCAACUGGGAAGGAAGUGGCGUGAGUGCCAUUCCCUAGCACAUACAUCAUCUGCAUUUGGAUGAAAGAAAAUCUCACUAGCAGUGCUAACAUUCAGUAUUUGAAAUUAAUUCAUUCCCAAAAUACCAACUUUUUCACUCAAUACCAGUUUAUUAUUUCGGUGUAUCUCUUGGUCCUCAAUUUCUGAAACUUCUAAACUGGUCGCACUGUUGUUCUGUGCACAUUAUCCAAGCUAACUUACACUAACUUUUAUUAAGAAUAAAAGUGAAAGGAGUUUGGAAUCACGUUUUACUACUACUUUUUUUUUCCCAGCAUUUUCCAAAAGCAGGACAUAAGCCAUAUUCUAAUUCAAUAACGCAGACAAGAAAUUGGAUUUCCCCAUUUAAUAAACAUUUUGUGGUAACAUCAGCCAGAUUUACAUAAGACCUGGACAUUUCUGAUUGUAGUUGGGUUGUUUUUUUUUUAUUAUGUUACAAACUGAAGUUAAGGGGAACUUGCAGCAAGUCCCACAGAGCACAGUGCAAUGUUUUGAAGAGAAGAGUAAACAAAACUGCCAAACACUCAAUCAUUUUCUGCCAGAAGUGGGAUAUUUUUUCUAAGACAUCAGUUUGAGGAGGAGCAAAAAUUCAAUGCUGAAUUAAAUGAACUCAGGAUAGUGGUAACUGCAAGGAGAAGUAAGAAAUGACAGCCACAACCUUUUCAAUUCAAGGGCAGAAUAUAAGUCUAAGAUAUUUUUGAUAAAUUCUGACAAAAAAAAAAAAAAAAAAAAAAAGAAAA